CUCUCUCUCUCUCUCUCUCUAACUGACUUACCCACAAACACAACUGAUGAGAAAAAGGAAGUUGUCGGUGAGGUUCUGAGAAUCGCCGUGGUGACGGACCAUGUGACUUGCUGGAAAUCAAACCAAAGUGGUGCUCAUUUGCAUAACUGUGUGUGUGUGUGCAUUAGAGGUUCAGUUUAUUUGUGAGUCAGUAAAAAGAGAGAACUUCAGCUCCUUUAAAUCCACUUUGUCUUCAUUGACACAUUCCAGUUAGCUUCAAUAACAGCACGUCAUUAUUAUUAAUGUUACUAACGUUAUUAUUUUAACAUGUUUCUACCUUCAGGGUCCUCAUUCUAAAACAAUCUGCACACACAGAAACAUGCAGAUGUCUUUCACACAUAACUGUCUUUAUGAAAUAAAAGCUUGAUGUGGUUUUUCAGAUCAGAGCUGUUUAUUCAAAGUGCUUCUUUUCUUUCUUUUUCUUUGUUUCUUCCUUUAUUAGUGUCACAUGACAACAGCCUGAAACAUGAUGAACUUUAGUCUGAUAUUUUACAGAAUGAUGCAUCUUUUUACAUUUUUACAGUGUGAUUAUACAAGAAUAAAACAAUGGGGGGUUUCAUUUGAGUCUCCUGAAGUCGUUCCGUGUCUCCUGAAGGUCGUUCCGUGUCUCCUGAACGUCAGCCGUGUCACUGUAGGUCGUUCCGCGUCUCCUGAAGGUCGUUCCGCGUCGCCUGAAGGUCGUUCCGCGUCUCCUGAAGGUCGUUCCGCGUCUCCUGAAGGUCGUUCCGCGUCGCCUGAAGGUCGUUCCGCGUCGCCUGAAGGUCGUUCCGCAUCGCCUGAAGGUCGUUCCGUGUCUCCUGAAGGUCGUUCCGUGUCUAGUUUUGUCUCUUCAUGGAUGUGUGUGUAGUUUGACCUGUGACCUCCGUGUGUCUCUGUUUCUCAGCUGACCAGGUGUACGGAGAUCAGGACAUGCAUGAAGUGGUCAGGAAACACUGUAUGGACUACCUGAUGAAGAACGCUGACUAUUUCUCCAACUACGUGACGGAGGACUUCACGACAUACAUCAACAGGAAGAGGAAAAACAAUUGCCACGGCAACCACAUUGAGAUGCAGGCGAUGGCUGAGAUGUACAACAGACCGGUGGAGGUGUACCAGGACAGCAAUGAGCCAAUCAACACGUUCCACGGCAUCCACCAGAACAACGACGAGCCAAUCAGAGUGAGCUACCACCGCAACAUCCACUACAACUCGGUGGUGAACCCCAACAAGGCCACGAUCGGGGUCGGACUGGGACUGCCCGCCUUCAAACCAGGGUACGCGGAGCAGACGCUGAUGAAGUCGGCCAUCAAGACGUCGGAGGAGUCGUGGAUCGAGCAGCAGAUGUUGGAGGACAAGAAGAGGGCGACGGACUGGGAGGCCACCAACGAGGCCAUCGAGGAGCAGGUGGCCCGGGAGUCCUACCUGCAGUGGCUCCAGGACCAGGAGAAGCAGGCCCGACAGCCCCGUAAGGCCAGCGCCACCUGCAGCUCAGCGACGGCGGCGGCCUCCAGCGGACCGGACGACUGGAGUGCCCGGUCGCCACGGCAACGCGACUCCGACCCCUCCCACUCCGACUUCCCGACCCCCCCGUCGACAAACAACAAGCCCCCCUCCCCCGCAGGAGCCGCCCUCAUCCUGAACAAACCCCCCUCCCCCUGCGCGCCAGGUAACACCCAC